AUUAUAUCCAUGUCAAAAGGGUAAAGAAAGACUUUUCCAUAAGUUUCAUAAUAAAGAUUUGCCUUUAUUAGGUUUUUGUUUUUGUCAAACCUUGUCUUGUCAGAAGUUUUCUUCUAAUGACUAUUUCUCACAAAGCCCAUUAUACAGUAAAACAAAGUUUUGAGUAUCAUAGCUGCAAGAAGAAGAUUAUAUAAAAUUUGUGGGAGUCAAGAAGAAGAUAAAUGCAGAAGAGCUCCUUUUGAAUCUGUAUGUGACUCUCUCUCUCUCCCUCCACACCCCCCCUCCUCCCUCUUUUCCUCUGCAAAUUUUCUUGCACUUUUGAUUUUCUGUAUCAAUGGUGUUCAAGAGAAUUGUGUUAGUCUUGUUCGUUGGAUUGCUGGCGUGGACAUAUGAGAAAAUCCAACCUCCACCUCCUAAAAUUUGUGGGUCCCCUGGAGGCCCCCCAAUCACAGGUCCCAGAAUAAAGCUAAGGGAUGGAAGGCAUUUGGCCUACAAGGAACAUGGUGUGUCAAAAGAAGCUGCUAAACAUAAGAUUAUCUCUGUGCAUCCUUACUGUUCUUGCAGACACAAUGAAUUUCUUGCAUCAAGAACCUCUCCGGAACUUGUCCAAGAACUGGGUGUUUAUGUUGUGUCUUUUGACAGACCAGGCUAUGGUGAAAGUGACCCGGAUCCUAACCGAACAUUGAAGAGUAUGGCUUUAGAUAUAGAAGAACUUGCUGAUCAGCUGGGACUUGGGUCCAAAUUUUAUGUUGUUGGAUAUUCUAUGGGUGGCCAAGUUAUCUGGACUUGUCUCAAAUAUAUUCCUAGCAGGCUAGCAGGAGCAGCACUUAUUGCUCCUGUUGUGAACUACUGGUGGCCAGGCUUUCCUGCAAAUUUGUCCACAGAGUACUACAAACAACCAGUUGCUGAUCAAUGGGCGCUUCGGGUUGCUCAUCACAUACCAUGGCUAACCUACUGGUGGAACACUCAGAAAUUCUUUCCAUCAUCUAGUGUUGCUGAUCUAAAACCGGAAAUUUUCUCUCCUCAAGAUUUAGAAAUUUUCUUGAAUCUUUCUCGUUUUGAGAAAGAGGACUACCUGCCUCAAGUCAGACAGCAAGGAGAAUUCGAGUCAAUACAUCGAGACUUGAUGAUUGGAUUUGGGAAAUGGGAAUUUGACCCCAUGGAUCUGAAGAACCCACUUAGCAAUAAUGAAGAGUCUGUUCAUAUAUGGAUGGGUGAUGAAGAUAGGCUCGUGCCAGUUAUGCUGCAAAGGUAUAUUGUCAAUAAACUUCCGUGGAUUCACUACCAUGAGAUACCUGGUAGUGGACAUUUUAUUCCAUAUAUCAAUGGGGCGAGUGAAGAUAUCUUAAAGGCUCUUCUAGUUCAGCACAAAUAACCAACUUUUGAAAUGAAGGUGACCUUUUUCAUUUCCUUACUAUUGCUAUCAAUUUUCUGUAUCUUGUAUAUGUUGGAUAACAUAAAUGUAUGGAGGGCUAAUAUAUAAUGGAAAGUGAAUGUGGCAAUUUUUGUUUU